UCUGUUCACUCAUCCGAGAUUCAAAACGUGCAACUCCAUGUCUAACUCCCUGUGCUCGCCCCUACCCGCCAUAAAGUCGACGGAGAGAACAGCUAAUCUGCUCAAGCUAGCCGGGCUGUCCUCUCUAUUCACGCCAGCCAGUCAUACUUCCCAACGUCCGAAAACGUCUAACGGUUGAGCUGCCAACAGCAAUCGAUGAUUACAUUAGAAAUCGUAACUGAAGUUUCCAGCAUCUGGCGAAGGAAAUAUCUUCACCGGUCGAUCAGGUAUUCCUGCUUUCGCUCCAGAUCGGAUGCACACACGUGUUCGUCCUCUUCCUAGAAAAGCUGAACCACAUUGUUUAGACGUCGAGUCCAGUCUUGGGCCUUCUCCUCUGCCCCAGGAGAACCGAAGUCCUAUAUAAACGUCGAACUGCAGUCGUCCUUCUGCUCUAUGUGAUUUAGCACCUCAGAGACUACCGUCGCCUGGAGAGGCUUCAGUUGACUUCACUCAGCUUCGUUAGCGAUUGAUAAUGGAGAAGCGUCUCAGAGUACUCGUGACAUGGUGGAUUCCGGGUGGGCUUUUGUUACUCUCGAUUGCUGCACUCGGCAGCAUGGCCCGGCAAGAUGACAUCUACUGGCAGUUCUUGCAAACUCACAACGCGGAUCGAAUGAGUAUCAAAGGAGCGCGACUUCACAAUCUGAGUUAUGACGAUACGUUAACCCAACAUGCUCAAUAUGAAGCCGAGGCCUUUGCGGGUGCUCCGCGUUACUGCAAUGCGUCGGGUUUAUAUAAUAAUCAUUUUCGAAAUCUACAUGUGACCAGCGUAGGAGCCUCUGUUAUGGAAAUCGUACGGUCAUGGGUUGGUGAAAGCAAAUAUUACAACUACUCUACAAAUUCAUGCGCACCAGGCAAAACCUGUGACCAUUACCUGAGGGUGGUCUGGAACACGACAAAGUUUAUGGGUUGUGGACUUGCCCGUUGCCCCGAUGGAGGAAGCUUUACUGUGUGCUACUACAACCCAGUAGGCGUAUUCUUCCGAGAUAAACCGUACUAGAAAGAUAAACAGAUCCUUACUAGCUGACCGUGGAUCCCAGAGGACCUCAAUUCCUCAAAGCACCCAAUCCGUUUUGUAAAGUAGCUAGCUUACAUGCAUAUUACGACAAUAACCAAGUUCCGGCUUUGACUGCCUCAUUGAUACUCCAAUGCCUUUAAACUGAGGCCUAGAACUGAUUACAAGUAUCCAGCUUGAGUUCCUGUCAAUAAAUAAAGGAAGUUGUGACGUCUAAAGAAGGGUCGUUAUCGGUCGAACAUGAGUGUGAAGUCAUUCCAUGUAGUCAAGAAAGCAAAUCUCUCUGUCUUAUUCUUGGUCUUAGCUGCAUGUAUACUUGAACACUGUAGACGUAUGGCCGACCUCAGCUAUUAAAAGGGGGAUGGAAAUUCAGAUUUCGAUUAUUUGGUGAACACGAGUUAGCUUCUGCUCAAAUGGAAUUCAAGUUCAUUCAAGAGGGGCAGAAGUGAAGGGUGCAAGACUGAAACUUAAACCCAACCUCAUCGACCAAUUUCAACAAAUCUCUGACGUGCUGUGACCAGUGACUCUCUACUUCUCCCCCUCAUAAGAAUGAGAUAUGAAGUCCGCAAUAGUGGAAGUUGAUACACCAUGCUGUACUAGAUAAGUAUAUAGAACGAAGAGGCCUCCACAAUUGCAACAUUUUUUUGUCAAGUCCAGUGACUCCAACUGGUCAGUAAUAAG